UAGCUCUGCAUUUGAAGUCAUGUGUUCCGGAGAUAAAGGACACAGUAUAAAAUGGCAAGGAGUUGAGCCUGCAGCACCAGGAACUGGCACCAUGCUUGGAAUCCUCAUUGCUGUGUUAGCUCUGGCAUCUGCAGCCUUUGGCUGCGGGGUUCCUGCCUACCCACCUCUUGUGUCCAGAGUUGUUGGAGGGGAAAAUGCAAGACCAUACAGCUGGCCCUGGCAGGUCUCCCUUCAGUACUACACCAACGGCAAGUGGGCUCACACCUGUGGGGGAACCCUCAUUGCCACCAACUGGGUGCUGACAGCUGCCCACUGCAUCAGCUCUUCUAUGACAUAUCGAGUGUUUCUUGGAAAAUACGACCUAUCAGUUCAGGAAAAAGGAUCAGUUGCAGUUUAUCCAACAAAACUCAUUGUUCAUAGGAACUGGAAUUCACAGGCUGUUUCAAAUGGGUAUGACAUUGCUCUGAUCAAGCUCUCUAAUCAUGUCACCUUGAGUGACCAGAUCCAGCUGGCCUGCCUGCCCCCUGCCCAGAGCAUCCUGGCCUCCAACACCGCCUGCUACGUGACAGGCUGGGGAAGGCUGCAGACUAAUGGACCCCUUCCUGAUGACCUGCAGCAAGGCCUCCUGCGGGUGGUGGAUUAUGCAACCUGCUCCCAACCUUCCUGGUGGGGAACCAUAGUGAAAACCAGCAUGGUUUGUGCCGGUGGGGAUGGAAUCAUCUCCAGCUGUAGUGGCGACUCUGGGGGCCCUCUGAACUGCCAAAGGGCUGAUGGCACGUGGGAAGUGCACGGCAUCGUCAGCUUUGGCUCCUCUCAGAGCUGCAACUACUACCACAAACCCUCCGUGUUCACCCGGGUCUCUGCCUACAUCAGCUGGAUCCAGCAGGUUAUGGCAACCAACUAAUCCACUGAAGAACUGGGUGAGAGAUCCCAAGAAGGGAAGUAGUUCGAAUAAAGUCAUGAUACCUUUGAUCAAAAAUAACUGGGAAAUUACAGUUUUAACAGCACAAGUAUUAAACCAAACACUUGUGAAAUAAAUUGUAUUUUUGCAAGAUGAAAA